AUGCAACUCUCUAGCCUUCGUGGCACUCUGGUGGUUUUUUUGAUCGCAUACCUCAACACCGAUGUUGCUGCGAUCUCGAGAGAUGAUCUUGAGACGCACCGGCUGCUGCGAGCGGCCACGAAACGGUCAGACCUCUACAGGAGAGGCCUGAGGAUCACCACGAGAUUUGAGACCGAAUUGGCUUACGUUGAGAAUGAGAACGUCUGGAAUGACGAGUCUACAUUUGCUUCACAGGUCAAAGUCAGCUCGCAGAAACCUCUGCUCAACUUGGAAGAGCAUGAACACCAUCUGCAAGAUGUACAGUGUGACGACGAUACGAUGAAACUGCACUUUGUAGAUACUUCCUCAGCACGAGAUGCCCGAUCGGCUUGUCAUGGUGCUCACGGAGGCCUAAUUAUUACGUCACAUGAUAGCUGUAAUAAGGAGGGUGAACGAUCGGUAUAUCAGGUACAUGAUGCGUCAUUCGCUAAGGAUGGAGAAGCCCUUGAGCUAUCCGUCUCAAAGACGACAUGGCAAGCAGCGUUUGACUACGUGGACAUCUCAUUUGGUCACACUGCGGAGGACCAUGUAUACCGGCGCCAUUCCGACUUUACGAGGCUCCGCCGCAAGCGACAGAAUAGAAUCGACAUACCUGCAGACACUCCCGACGAUGUCAAUACUGUCGCCUUUGACCUGGGAUCAGAGCUUCUCAACAAGACCUUCGGCCUUGAAUCCUUCUUGUCAGCAAUAUCUCCCGGGAACCCAGUGCCCGAAACAUCGGUACCAAUUGAGAUUGGAUGUAAGAGGUGUACGACAAGUGGGCAGCUCGCUCUUACACAGGGCGCCUUCAAGAUUGACGCUUCACAAAUUGAUCUGAUUCCGGACGCCUUCGAAGGCGGAGAUGAUGGGAAAGAAAUCACGAGUGUGAUUACUGGUGGCUUCGUCGAGCUUGUGGCUACUGGUGUUGGUGCACGACUUGAGUUGUUUGCCAGACCAGUCAGCUCUGGUGAAUUCGAGAUCACCUUGUUCCAGGUUCCAAUCGCUGGUUUCGUGAUUCCUGGCGUUGGCAAGGCUGGAGCUAUCUUUGAGCCAAGGAUUGCGUUCGACUUUGAGGUGCGCGGUACACUCGAAGUCAACUACGGGCUUGAGGUCACAGUUCCUGAUGGUUCCAGCCUCCGAGUGGAACUUACGGAUCUUGCCAGUAGCAGUCUCACUGGUUUCCAGGAGUCCAGACUCACUCCGUUGCCUGUCGAAGUCAAUGUGACUGAUGCAGAGAUUCUACUCGGUCUCGCCUUCGUACCUUCGAUACCGAUUGGGUUCGAAUUCCUGGAUCAGCUGAAGGCUGAAAUAACACCUUCUUUGCAGUUACCCCGUCUGGACGCGAAGCUAUCGAGCAAGAUUGCCGAGAACUGCGGUAAUGGCAGUAACAACACUCAUUCAGAUGCGCCAUUUGCGAACCACACGGCAGGAUUAUCCCCCGAACUCAUCAAAUUGGGCCCUCUGGCCUUGGUCGAAGCAAACGUCUCUCUUUCGAUCGAUAUCGCUCUAGACGUUUCCUUGCCACCCCUUCCACCACCUUUCAAUGCAGUUGGAAUUGAAGAGAAUAUCUUCACCGCAGUCUUUCCUUUGUUAUCGUCCUGCGCAUCGCCCGACGAUGCUUUCAACAACGCUACAGGCGUCGUAAUCCCCCCCUCAAUGGCUAGCCACAACGCCACGGCACCGAUGCUGAACGCUACCAUGGGAAUGGCGCGUGCUGAUAAUACAGCGGCACUUCACAAGGUCUACAACCUAUCUUGCAAAGACUACUUCGACACAGGCAAGUUAUACUGCUUACACAAUUCCUUCACUGAGCACUACUUCUACAAUAGUGAGCGAGACAGUUUCCACGCCUUGUACUUCUUCUCUGUUAUACCCUACUUCGACGAUUGCGAUCGAGAAAACCUCUACUACUUGUACUACUUCUCUAAAGCCCACUUCGACACUGAUCGACUACACUGUCUCUGCGACAUCAUCACCAUGUACUACUACAUCGACAGCGGCCUAUGGUUACACCACAUCGUCAACGUCCCCUCUGGAGACUACGACAACGCCAUACGACACCACUUGGACGAGUCUUACCACAAGAACAACUUACAUCACUGUGCCUGA